UUCGGAGUCCGCCUCGUCGACUUCGUGUUGCUUUUGUACCUUGUUGUGUGUUUCGAAUGUCAGUGAAUAAGGGUGCAUUUUGAUAUUGUUCCGAAUAAGUUUGGAACUGAAUUACAAGAGAUAAAUUUUAAUGUGAUCGUAUGAGAGUGUCAAGGUGCACUACGAAUGGCUCUAUGUGUCAUCAGUGAUCAUUUUCAACCCCAAGGGAUAUAUGAGGUUGAAGUGUAAAACGUUUUUCUUUGGGUGAUACGUGUCAACAACUGGGUUUUCUAGUUUAUUGGAAGUGUGUUGGUGUUAAUCUGUGAAAAAAAUUGUUGAGUUGGAUCUGGAGUCAUUUGUGAUCUCAAGAUGCUGACUUCCAGCGCGAAUCAGUAUCUCCGGCCGGAAUAUCUCACGCCUCUACCUACUCAACUGGAUGCCAAAAAGAGUCCGCUCGCCCUCCUUGCUCAGACCUGCAGUCAAAUAGGAGCCGAUCCACCAUCUAACAAGUCUCUGCUUGGCCCGCACGACAAGUCCAACAAAUCGUCCAAAUCAUCUGACCACUCUCGAGAAAAGUCAUCACCAACGACUGCACCUACAGCAGCCGAGACUCUGAAAUCCAGUUUCAAGCCUUACGAAUCCUGCUUGGGUCGGGAGAAAGCCUCCAGCCCAGAGGAACAGAGAGCAGCCUCGAGUCAUUCUGUAUCUGGAAGAGCCAGGACACCAGCGAAUGGUAACAAACGAUGCUCCAGCAACCAAAGUGCAUCUUCAGCCAGGGCGGUGACGCCUCAAGGUCGAAGAACCGCAACACCCAACGGUGACGCAAGGGAUUCUCCCUCAUCGAGGACUAACACCUCCGCAGCUUCGAUCAUAACUUCAGAAUCCUCGAUGCUACAAACAUCCGCCAGUAGCCCUUCUUUGCAGUCUAAACCCUCCUAUAGCCCUGCUGGUGUACUCGCCAUGACGGAUCCUUCAAUCAAGGACAUGCCUUUAGGUACCUUUAAGCCAGGAUCAGCAAUGCCAAUAUCAACCUCAGCUUACUUAGGAUAUCACUCUCAGUUACCUGGCAUCGACGUGAUGGCUAAUUCUCUCAUGAACCAGCAUCAUCAGGCUCUGAAGAAUAGCCUGGCAGCGAAUCCCUACCUCAGCUACGCUAGGAUGAAGACCUCUUCGGGUGCUGACACUUUGGUACCAGUCUGUCGAGAUCCAUACUGCACAGGCUGUCAAUUCAACUCUCAUUUCUUGGCCAACUCGAGCGGUAACGGCAAGAUACCCACAUCUACGGCAAGUUCCUGCCCGGCUGGUUGCACCCAGUGUGACCACAAACCCAGCGCCUCUCCUUAUGGACCACUGGGCCACACCCCAGUAGCUGCAGCUUAUGCUCACGCGCAGUUGGCAGCAUUGGCUGCGGCUUCUCAGCUACCUUACGUUUGCAACUGGAUAGCUGGAGACACUGCAUACUGUGGCAAGAGGUUUUCCUCUUCUGAUGAGCUUCUGCAGCAUCUGAGGAGUCACACUAGUGUGUCUGCAGGUGACGCUGCUGCUGCUCUCUCGCUUCUAUCACCGCCAGGAAUGCCUCCAACACAUCCUCUCUUGUCGAGGACCUAUCCGACACCACCGUUGAGUCCACUGGCUACAGCGCGUUACCAUCCCUAUGGAAAGCCUUCACACUUUUUGCCGUCGUUGUCAAAUCUACAAAUGCCGCCACAUCCUCAUCCAGCUUCGGGACUCCCACCCUAUUUUUCACCUUAUUCCCUUUAUGGUGGACCACGCCUUGGGGCUGCUUCUGGAAUGCACCCUUAAGUUGGAAUGUAAAUCGCAGGCUGGAACAGCUUGUAUUCAAGAGUUUUUUAACUGUGAUUUCUGAGUGUGAACACUUCUUUUGCUCUUCUUAUCGUGAGAUGAGUUGGAGAAUGCCUGGGGGUGAAAGGAAACGAGCGUGCCUGAUGCUAGAUCCAAUCAAUGUUCCGUCGGACUUGAAGCUCGAGCGAAAGACAGUCGAAGGAUCAUUCAGACAAGUGAUAAUAAGUGCGACUUGAUAUUCGUUGCGAUUAGUAACUAUUGUGAUGUUUGCCGAGUUGAUUUCAGUUACACCAUAUAAAACUGAAUUAAUGUCUACUGCUGAUAUUUUCAUCAAUGGAGUCAUUAGAUUAAGCAGAGUUUUAUUAUUCUGUAUCUAUGUUUGAUUAGCUGUCGCUGCUUUAAUGAGUUGUUGUUUUUUUGCAGUAAUUUUUCAUGAUAAUUUCCUAAUCUUAUUGUUGAUACAUUUUUGCGAUAGCGUGGCAGUGACAGUAACUGCUCUUUAUCUGACAAUUGAUGGCUCUCGUGCGCUCCAGUGGCCUCGCUUUUGAUUAGCGAGCAACUAGCCUAAGACUAAGUUCAUUGUUCAGAGCACGGCAAUCUCAAUUCAACAUAAUUCUCAAGUUUCUCUUCUAUUGUAAACUUCACUUUAUCGAUCAGUUUUUUUUCCAUGCAAUAGUUUCUAUGUGAGAAUAGAUGGCAUAUGUUUCUAUGCCAAUCGCAUCAUCGUCAAAGUAGCACAAAAAUGUUCUUAAAAUAGUUGAAGUCUUCUAAAUUUAAUUCACAAUUGAGAAAACUAAAAGAGUUCAUCAAGUGAGAUUUUUUUACGAGUCUUCAAUAUAUUUAUCCUUUUUCUUGUACCUCUUAUUCCACCGCCGAGUUUAUAAAUGUCGAUCGUAAAUCAAUGUUUACUGGUGAUGCUGCUGCUUCUGGCCAUAAAGAAUACUUGACUAGACAUAAUUGCUUUCAAAUUGUCGACGCCUACGUAAACAUCUGUAAUUCUGUGCUGAUCCUCGAUGCGUUCGUAUUUUACUUGCUCACCGAAUGAUUGCUGCGAAUAAAUUUCGAUUUAUGUCGACCAGGCUCCGUAAAUCGGAGUAAUCAUUUACGAUUGAUCUGAUGUAAUCAGUACAUGUCCAUUCUAUUUAUGAUUUAGGUGUUCAUAUCCAAGCUCUAUUGUAAUUAAUGUAAAUUUGUUGAUAAGCGUAUGUCCGGCGUAACGAGGCAAAGUGCUAACGAUAUAUCUGAUCGUCUAUUUUUGCGUAACCAAAGUUUUAGUAUCGAAAUCGUUAGACUCCUAGCGAGAAGAUAAAAUGACGUGUGUAUAUGACGUUCGACAUUAAAUAUGCAGAGUAAAGUUGAAAAAAAAAACUAUAUAUUAGGAAGAAAAAUAGCGUCGAUUAGAAACGCGAAAGUGAACUCAGAGAACGGAGUAACAACUACUAGGACUUCGGCUAUAUAAAUAUCGACUGUACAUAGAUCUAUCGACAUAGUAAUUAUUAUUAUUUUUAUUUUUAAUGUUAUUCUCUUGGGCGUUGUAAAUGCCGAUGUCAUAUGCUCACAAAGCUCCGUUUUUUAACGUUCCUGAAAAUAUUUGAUAUCUACAGUUUUCACAUGUGAUUCGUAAUUAAUGCAAAAACUUCAAUUUUCAAUAGGAUCCACAUGUCAUUCACAGAAUUUUCGUUGUUUUAUUAUUGUUAUUACGUUUUAAUGGAACAUAUUUGAGUCUCUCUGAAACUGAAAUACAACAAAUCGUUUCUUACUCGAA